GCUGAAUAAGUCUGACUCAGGACGGUACAGAUGUCGUUUGGACCGAUCUUUCUCUUCCCAUCAUCAUACCAGGAGAUUGAGAUCCGAGUUACAGAUGCUCCAACCUCUCCUCUCAGACCUUCUUCACCAUCAGUCCCAUCAGCCUCCCCUGAAGCCAGCGAGCAGACUCCACAGAAACACACAGCUCCAGGGCUGGUGCUGUAUGUGCGUCUCCCUCUGGUCGUCUUGGUCAUCGUAUUAUCAGUGGCUGCUCUGAUUUUCUGCAGGAAGAGGAACAGGAAACCCAGCGAACCUCCUCUGGAAACUGAGUACUCUAAUGUCACAGAGGCCAACCGAGUGUAUGAGGAGAUCAGAGAGGACAGACAGAGCACAUCUCCUCCUGUAGAAGUGUCUACAGUUUACACUUUCCACCGAAGCCAGUUCUCAGAAGAAACUCCAACCUCUCCUCUCAGACCUUCUUCACCAUCAGUCCCAUCAGACUCCACACUGAUGACAUCACAGAGUUUAAGCUCCACACCUUCAUCAGCCUCCCCUGAAGCCAGCGAGCAGCCUUGAGAGAAACACACAACACCAGCUGCACCUGCAGCCUCAGGGCUGGUGCUGUAUGUGCGUCUCCCUCUGGUCGUCUUGGUCAUUGUAUUAUAAGCGGCUGCUCUGAUUUUCUGCAGGAAGAGGAACAGGAAACCCAACGAACCUCCUCUGGAAACUGAGUACUCUAAUGUUACAGAGGCCAACCGAGUGUAUGAGGAGAUCAGAGAGGACAGACAGAGCACAUCUCCUCCUCUAGAAGUGUCUACAGUUUACACUUUCCACCGAAGCCAGUUCUCAGAAGAAAACUGAAGAGAACUCGAGGAAACAACUGUGAGGUGGAUUUAUUUUUUUGCUCCUCUAAGUGUAAAGAGUGUUCAAGGUUUAAAGUGAACAAAAAAUAACUCUGGUGAAUGAAUCAGAACAGAACCA